GAGAUCAAAUCUCAAUCGAAUCUGACGGUUGAAAGCGCCUCCAUAUCCCGUUCGGGACUUCUAUCGAGUUGCCAUAGCGGCGAGCUAGACUUCGCCGGUACGGUACCCAGCUUGUCUGCUCGAAGUUCAGCAAGCUGCGACAUGGCGGCACCGCACUGCUCGUUGCUCUCCAGUUGUUCGACACGAGGCCCCAAAGAAGCAUCUGGCUUCUAUCUUCCUUCUCUCUCCUCUUCUUCAUCUUCCCGGUGCCAGAGGAAGCACGUUUGCUUCGGAUCGCCUUCAUCUCCUCGUUUCGGGAUCUCUUUGUCCAAGCCUUUAGCACUGGCCUAUGCUUCUAAGGCGGUCGAGCUCGUUCUCGGGGACGGGAAAGACGAGGACGAUGUGAGCGGGUGGAACCCUUCCGAGAGAAAGACCGGCGAGGACGAAGACUGUGACGAUGACGAAGCUUCAUUGCUUAUGACCGAGGAAGAGAGGGAAGAAAUGAGGAGGCAAAUAAGGAAGGUGAUCGACGCAAACCCUAUCGUCGAGGAGGAGACCGACCCAGACCAGAGAAAGAUCAAGAUGAAGAAGCUGUUGGAGAAGUACCCCUUGGUGGUUGAAGAGGAUGAUCCUGAUUGGCCCGAGGACUCAGAUGGUCGGGGAUUCAACCUCGACCAGUUCUUCAACAAGAUUACCAUCAAGAACGUUAAGAAGGACGAGGAAGAUGAGAAUUAUGAUAGCGAUAAGGAGUUGGUUUGGCAGGAUGACAACUACAUUCGGCCUAUAAGAGACAUCACCUCUGCAGAGUGGGAGGACACUGUCUUCAGGGACUUCAAUCCUCUGAUUAUACUUGUCCACAACAGAUACAAAAGGCCUUCAGAGAAUGAGAGGGCGAGGAAUGAGUUGGAGAGAGCAGUGCAAAUGUUUUGGCAGUCUGGCUUGCCUUCGCCGAGGUGUGUAGCUAUCGAUGCUUGUGUUGAACAUGAUCUUGUCGAUGCACUGCAAGUAUCUAUCUUCCCUGAAAUUAUCUUCACCAAAGCAGGAAAAAUAUUGUAUCGCGAUAAAGUGGUUCGGAGUGGAGACGAUUGGUCCAAGAUGAUGGCAUUUUUCUACUACAAAGCAGUAAGGCCAUCAUGCUUGGAUCGAUCAGCCGAUAAAAAUCAAGAGAAGAUUCCAUCACUCUCUUAGAGGUGCUGUGUUACUCCCUUGACUGAAAAAAUACUUUGUGCAGCAACAAGGCAAGUUUCUUGAGGCAAGCACUGGCAUCUGUGAUAAUCGAAAUGCCUAAUGAAGAGAUCUGAGUCAAUCUUAUACCUUGACUGAAACAUUCUUGUAUCUAUUUGGCAAACUACUAUGCAUAUAAGAAGGAACGAACAAGUCAUGAACUCUAACUAUUAGGUGGAAUUUUUUUUUUUGUUC